UAUGCCAUUGCUAGUAGACGACGAGUAGUUCUAUCGGACGGCGCAUAGCCAGCGUCGUUCCGCGGGCACUGUCUAGUACUUUUUUUAAACAAUACGAAUUGUUUUAUUCGUUAACGAAAAGAUAAUAACUCUUUGAAAGCAAGCAAAAUGGAUCCCGAAGCUUUUCUAGAUAUGGCCAAUCAGGUCACUAAAUUAAAAAUGUUUCCAUACUUCGACAUCGCUCAUUCUUUACUUUGUGCUCUACACGUCAGAGAGGAUUUGGGACCCGGUGCACAAGCUUUUUCACGAAAGCAUCCAUUAUCAUGUUGGCUCUCUACGAUGUUAGUAGUGUUCGCAAGUGGUAUGCUUUGCAAUGGAUUAUUAGGUGAACCAAUUUUAGCUCCAUUAAAAAACACACCGCAAGUAAUAGUUGCAACUGUUGUUUGGUAUGUAGUAUUUUAUACACCAUUUGAUAUUGGAUAUAAAAUAGCUAAAUUUUUACCAGUGAAAAUUGCAUGUUCUGCAAUGAAGGAGAUAUACAGAUGUAAAAAAGUUUACGACGGAGUGACUCAUGCAGGAAAACUAUAUCCAAAUGCAUACCUUAUCAUGAUAUUAAUCGGAACACUUAAAGGUAAUGGUACUGGAUUUACAAAACUUUUUGAACGACUUAUACGUGGUGUAUGGACACCUACUGCUAUGGAAUUUAUGCAACCUAGUUUCCCGACGAAAGCAUCCAUGGUUGCAUCCAUAAUAUUUGUAUUAGAUAAGAAAACAGCUCUUAUUUCUGCACCCCAUGCAUUAGUAUACUUUGGCAUAGUCAUAUUCUUGGUUUAUUUCAAGCUAUCGUCCAUUUUACUUGGCAUUCAUGAUCCAUUCGUACCUUUCGAAAAUCUAUUUUGUGCCCUAUUUUUGGGUGGAAUCUGGGAUUCGGUUGCUAUAUUAUUCGGUCGAGGUCAAGCAUAGGAUGAGAAAGUAGAUGCUAAAAAAACAAAUUAAGUAUUCAUGGAAUAUUCGAAUAUCCUUUUAACUGUAUUCCUUAUACAGUUUUUAUGGAUUAUUCCACGUUAUAGAUUAAUGUCUGUAACAAAAAAGCGAAGCGCGCUCGCGAAAUAAUGGAAUUAAGAUUUUACUGAAUCUAGACAAAUGAUGUGUAUAGUCGUAAAAAUGACUUUUGACAAAUUGUCAAACAACAAAGGUAUACUAAUUCUAUAUUGUACGUGUUUUUCUAGUUACCAAAGAACAUCUCAUUUUAAACAGUAUAACAACCACUUGAUAGACUGGUAAUAUUAAUUCUCUUUACGAAUAGAGAAAAAAUAUUGAGAUGCUUAAUUUAUUCUCUAGUCAUUAAAUAUAUACAGUGUCCUAAUUUUCAACAUAAUUAAUUAAUAUCUCAACUAUACGAUGAAAUACGUUCUAUCAUUUUUGUUCGUUCACCUAAUCAAUACUUUUAAAAAGUAAUUUGUUACCUGAAUUGAAGCUUCCUAUUGUAUUUUCUAUAACACGAAUCGUAGUUUUUGUACUAUUCCAUACAAGUAUAAAUCUAUUUAAGGAAUGCUCUUUUAAUCAUAUACAUAUAAGUGCAAAAAAUAAUUUAAUGCACUGAGUGAUUCAUAAGACAUAUUAUAUAAAAUAAAAAAAAAAAAUCUAUAAAAGAAAAUCAAAUAAUCUUCCAAGUAUUGCAUUCUACGAAUUAAACAAUAGAAUUAAAUAAUAAGAGAAAUGAGAAAACUUUUAUACUAUUUUAUUAAAACGUAUAAAAAAAUGAUACUUAGAUCCUACAUUUCUUAAAUACAAUAUCGUAUUUGUAAUGUAUUAAUUAAAAAUAAUGGACAAUGUGUAUGUUGUUAUUUGUACAAUGACAAUUAUGAAUAGUAGAUGUGUAUUUUAUAGAUGCUAUACAUUGUGUACAUUUCAAAUUUUCAAAACAAAAUAUUUUAUUUAUGAACGAAUAAUAUCUCUGUUUUAAAUUUUAUGUGGAAUAUUAUAGAUAUACGAAUGACGAUUAUAUUAAUCUACCAAGUUUUAAAAAAGAUUUUAUUUAUCGAUAAAGCUGUGUAUUUUAUAUAUAUAUAUAUAUAUUUCUUUUUCAUGUAUAUUUGUGUGUUUAGUCCGACUAAAUGUGCACUACAUUUUGUAAAGGAUCAUACUGGUUUUUUAAUUGAACAAAAUAUAGUCACGUCUUCAAAAUAAAAUUUUAUUUUUUUCGACAUGAUA